AGUUUUUGAAUGCUCAGUUAAGCUCCAGACGUCUUCGAAUACAGCAAUUUAUCAUUCAAAAAAUGAGUGAUAUAUAUUCUGACAAUAUUAAAGAUGAACAUGAACUCACAAUAUUUAAUGCUACUAUGAUGCAAGGUUUUGAUCAUCUUCCAGUUGAUAAUGAACCUGAAACUAUGCAGUCGAAUUCGGAUCAAGCUCCGUCAACUGACUUAAAUUUCAUCAAGUGGCCAAAAACCUUUAGCAAUAUUAAUAAUGCAUUAUUAUAUAUUGAGUCUCGAGAAGUAGAAAAUAAUUUAAGCAAUAUUAAGCAGGCUUUACAAAUUCUAUACACAAUUGAGGAGCCUUUCGAGGAACUUAAUCAACAACAGCUCACUAAAUUAAGUGUGAUAUUCAACACGAAAUCUGUUGUUAUCUUCUUCAUGUCUACUGAUUACAAAUUGAUGCUUAUUUACUGGAAAACAAAAGACAUUGAUUAUUUUUUAAGUUUGGCACCCCCAAAAAAGUUGACAAUUCUCGAAUGCAAAGAAGUUUAUGGAUUCAUUGCAGAUUAUUUGAUUCAUUCAUUGAGCAAGAACCAUUUGGGUAUAACACACAGCUUAAACCACAGUGCUGAGUCAAACAAAACUGAAAUUAAUCAACUGGUUGACUCAGACAAUCUCAACAUACUUCAACUAUCUGCAGAGUUAGGAGAGAUUAAAUGCGUUCGAAUAUUACUUGAAUUGGGUAUCUUCGAAGACAACCCAAAUGAAAUCUUUAAUGCGUCCUCGUUAGCCUGGAGAAAUAAGCAUUAUGAUGUACUUUUCAUGUUGAUCCAAGGAAAUUUCAUAUAUCCACCAGGAAUUAAAUCUAUAGAGUUACCAGAAGAAAUUCAGCAAUACAUUCAAGUAUGUGAAGACCUUCAUGAUGCAGUCAUUGUCAAAAAUGUCAUAAAAAUUCAGGAGAUUCUCAAAUUAAAUCCAAACCGUCGUCACUUUUACAACAAAAACAACGAAUCUGUGCUCAAAAUUGCUCUCGAGAAGAAGCUGCACAGCAUGUAUGAACUUCUCCUAUCCAAUGACAUCUCAUUUGGUCCGCACGAGCAUUUUGCAAGAGUCUUUUCAGGUCUUAAUGAGAACGACAAAACAGUUCUUAGAGAAAUUCAUUUCCGAUGCUCAAAAGAUCUACCUGAAUAUCACAUGAAUGUUCUCAUGAUGAACACAUCAAUCAGUCACGAUGACAUGCAAAAGGAAGGAAAGGAGGAUCUAGUAUUACGUGCGUACAGAUUCCUCAACAAGAAUCCAAGUUUAAAUCCAAUCCUUAAAGUCGUUGCUGCAUCGAAAAGGUUCAACAUCAUUUUUGACUUUAAACGAAACUCAGUUGCUGCUGUGGAUCCAACUGCUCCUAUUGAUAUGCGUGGAUUCUAUCGUUUGAAUGGAAACAUCUGUGUUGGUGCUAAGCAGCUUCUUGAUCCAUUAACAGAACAUGAAACAUUUGGAACUUUAGCACAUGAGCUUUGUCACUAUGCUAUUAACUUGACAUUUAAAAACUUUGCAAAGCCAUAUGCAAAAACUGAUCAAACAUCCAAAGAAGAAUUCAAGAAAAUUUUACAAAUUUGUAAAGCAAAUCAAGGAUAUGAAGAAAUCAUCGACUUUGCAUUCAAAGAAAGUCCAUCAGUGCAUGAAGCCGAGCUUAUUGUUCGUGCUUCACAUAUGAUUGCUUUUUAUGACAACCAACCUGAGAAAUUGGUAGAACUUCAUACUUUUUAUGCUGAAUUAUUCAAUUAUUAUACCGAGAAGGUUAUACCAACAAUGAUGGAAGCAAUUCCAAGCAUCAGAAAAAAGGCAGACGUAGAAAUUAAAGAGAAAGAUAAGAAAAUCUUUAAAUUGACCCGAAAUUUCUACAUCGCAAUUGGGUUGGGAAUUCUUAUAGCUGCAAUGGUUGGAAUGUUCUUCUAUAAGCCAACUUAUGUGUUUGAUGAGCUGUCAGCUGAAAAUCAGGAAAAGGUUAGGAACUCAAUUGUUAGCUACAGUAAUGUCAGUGUUCAAUUUAAGGACUUGUUUGGAAAUGGCUCAAUUGCAUAUUUGAAGUUGACAUCUGAUCAUAUCACAGAUAUGUUGGGUGGAGUCGCGUUGAACAUUAAUGAUCCACUGCUGCAUUACUUAGAUGAUAUUGUUACUUUUGAGUGGGAUGGAAUGCAUUGGGAAUUGAAGAAAAAAUUCUUACAAUCUUAUCUUAAUUUCCAAGAACAAAAUAUAACUUUCAAAGACCUCAAAGAGCAAAGCAAUGAGUCAUUCAAUAAUCUAACAUCCCAACAAAUUAUCAAUGUAUUUUCUGGGAAUAAAUUGAUAAUUGGAACUAAAGUUGUAAAUGACACUGACUUUUAUGUUGAACGUAAAUUUAUUUCUGAAGAUGCUAAAUCGAUUUUGUUUGAGUACGCUUACGGUCAUGAAUACAUACUUAAGCCCAAUAUUCGAGAAGAACAUGUAAGAAAAAGAAUAGAACAGCAUAAUAAGACAUUCGAGGAAUUUACGGAGGAUUUUUUGAAGCAACCUUUUGAGAUUCAAAGGUCAAUUCUUGACAAGGUUGAGGAUAAUAAGGCAAUGCAGUCAGGUUACUAUGAUUCAAGUCAUCAUAAUGUUACGUUCAUGCAAAGGCAUGUUAAUGAGUUUUUAGAGAAAGUCAAAGAAGACAGAAUAUUGAUUUUAUCUUCAGAAGCCGGUGCUGGAAAGACGACAACAUUCAAGCAAUUGUCUGUUUUGAUUAAGAAUAAGUUUCCUGUAACUUGGGUAUCUUAUGUGGAUCUUAAGAAUCAUACAGAAUUAUAUGGCAAAAAGUUGUCAACAGAGGAGUUGUUGUUGAAUAUAUUAAGGUUAAGCGAUGAAAAUUCAUUCGAAAAGGGAGUUUUCAAGGAGCUCUUUAAGACUGGGAAAGUUGUGUUCCUCUGGAACGGGUUCGAUGAGAUUUCGCCAACUCAUAACGAGUUUAUUGUCAAUUUAAUCCUUAAUAUCCAUAGAACAACUAAUGUAACUCAAUUUGUAUGUACCAGACCACUCUACUCCAAACAAUUAGUUGAUACAUUUAGAGUCCAUGCAUGGCAAUUAGUCGCAUUCAAUGAUAAAGACAAGGAAAAUUUCUUGCAGCAAUUUUUCAUUUUGAAAAACACGACAGAAGAGUUUGUUGUUAAGGCUAUUGCAGAAGUGAAGGAAGUAGUCGUUAAACUAAGUUUUGAUCAUUUUAUGUUCCGUGUCUUUAACACUCCAUUAAUGUUGAAGCUGAUUGCGGAAACAUACGAGAAUGAGAUGAUGCUUAAAUUACAGAAUACUUAUGCGAUUUAUGAAACAUUUGUGCAGAAAAAAGUUGAAAUUUGGUUGGAUCGUGGAAGAAUGUCACAAAAAGUAGUCGGAAAAAUGAUAUCCAAAGGAACUAAGUUCAAUAUUAUAAAGAUAUUCCAAAAAUAUGCAUUUUUAAAUGAAUUGAACCUCUUCAGCAUGUGCACAAUUGGAAUUAAGCUCAACAAACUUCAGAUUAUGCAAGAAGAUAUUCCAGAUUAUUUGCCAUUUGAGGAGAUUUCAGGCAUGGGCAUCCUGUAUAUCAACGGCAAGAAUAAGUUUGAAUUUGCACACAAGACAUUUGCUGAAUUCUUCAUAGCUCAAUACUUUAUUGAGAAUAUAUAUAAUGCAGACAAGGAUGUAACUAAGGAUGAAGCUGAGCUGAGGCUUGAAUUGUUUUUUAAGAUGACCAAGGACUUUGGUGAGAAGCAGGACAUAAUAACAAACUUUAUGUCUGACUUUCUAAACAUUCAGGAGGAGCGUAUGGAUGAAAAAUUUGCACCGGCUAUUUCUAAACUUUUAAGGACUAAAUUUAGGAAAUUUUUAUUCAGACUGCUCGACACGAAUUUUCCGAAAGUCUAUGAAUUUUUGUUUGAUUUUUUCAAGAAAGACUAUAGUUUGCUGGUUGACUUACUGCAUGUUAAUGAAGCUAAGACAUUAUACACUGCCAUUUUUGACCCAAACUCCUUUUCAUUGUUCACAAAUCCGAAAGGAUUUAGGCAAAUGUCCAAUUACCUUUUGCAGUCGAAAGAUUGUAAUAACAUGAUCAAUGGAAGGAAUCAAAAGGGUGUCAUUAUGUACGGCAUUUAUGUUUAUGAUAAAAUAGAAGAAGCAAGUCAUCAAAAUGUGUCCAAAUUCCACUCAGAAAUCCUCAAUGGACAGGUCGAAAAUCUGAGUUUCUCAUUUUUUUUGGAUUUUUUUGAGACACUCUUAGAAGAUCUGACAGAAGCUGAGAAAAAAGAAGUUCUGCUUGUUGCUGUUAAUCCUCAAGCUUACCUAUAUUAUGAGAAAAUUCCAAACUUCAUAACCGACUUUAGUAGUUUCAAAUGUGACUAUCUGAAGCUAUGGAAUAGCCUUAAAAACAUCCUAUCUAAAUCAGAACUAAUAGCAGCCAUCUCAAAUGCCUUAAUUCAAUUUAACGGAAUCAGCCCUUAUUUAAAACAAGGCAGUCAAGAAUGCUUGGAUUUUCUAUUAGAUUUUACAAAAUCUCAAAACUUUUCGAGUUUAGAAAUUUAUGAAAUGUUUUCGACCAACAACAUUCUUCAUGAUUCUCAUGAUUAUGCAUAUGCUUUUGAGUCUUUCUGGUACUUCUUGAGUAACUAUACGACAAGAGAUCAAAGACGGGAUAUUUUAAAACAACUUGACGAGGAUGACAAUAAUUUUUACUUUACUUCAAUGAUUUCAGAUUUCAAGAUUAAAAUUUCAAGGUAUAAAUACAGAUAUUAUCACUAUGACUUCAUGCCAUUCAAUGUCUUUCAAAAAGCAUUAACAAUUCUCGAUGGACCUACUUUAAACUUUACUUUUGACAUUUAUAAUAACCAUUUUACCAAGAAAGAACUUCAAAAAAUCAUCACAAGCUCAGUGGAACUUCCUUACUAUGUCAUUGUACUGACUUUACUAGAACCUUGCAAAAUAUUUGUGGACUAUUUAGAAAAACUUUUUGAGGAUGAAGAAAUGCUGUUGCUAGAAUAUUUUGACACAAAGAUUCCACCAACGAGUAUGUCAGCAUUGGGGUUAGUUGAGAGUUAUAUCGGUAUUCCACGUGCAUCGUCGUUUUGGUUUGAAAAUCUAGAAAUUUUUACUGACUUUUAUAAAAAAUUAAAAAAGAAAUUGUCAAAAAAAUUAAAUUAAUAAAUAAAGGCGAUUUUUGUAUGAUUUUUUUAUGAUAAAUUAAGUUCCUAAAGUUAUUUCCUAAUU